AUGCGGGCGCCUCCCGAGGUGCCGCAAUCCGGCCGCAAGGGCAGGGCCUCCGGGUGCCCGCGGCCGGCCGCCGCGGUGACGGCUCCCGCCCGGGCCCCGCCGCCGCCCCGCGUCCAGGCCGCGCCGCCGCCUCGCCGGGUCUCGGCCGCCGCAGCCCCAGCCCCGGGUCCUCCCGGGCACGCGCUGCGGCCGACGGAGGAGGCCGGCCCUGCGCCGCCGCCCGGCCGCCGCGCCCGGCCGCGCCCCGCGCUCGCCCCUACCUCAGCCGGCAAGCGGGUGGCCGUUCGCAACGGCCGCGGCGCCGACGACUGCCUACCGGCCGCCAGAACCCCGCACCCAGCGCGAGUCAUAGUACAGGACGGGCAGCCGGCGCGGAGGGGUGGGGUCCGACUGCGCCUGCGCAGGGCGCGCGUCACUGUGACGCGGCACCUGGGCGCGGGGCCGCGGGGGCAGGGAGCACCUGCGGGCGCCGGCGGGUGUGCUGGAGGGCGUCUGGGGCUCGUCUCCUGUCCCGACCCUGGCGAGGCUGGGCAGCGGCUGACGUCACAGACAAGGAUGAAAAUGCCAGCCGUUAACUACUUGUUUGCAACCAGUGAACUAGGAGACAUGGAAGACAUUGCCCGGCAUUGAAUCCCAACCACGUUCCUGAAAGCCAUGUGGCCUUAG